AGGUUUCAUGGGAACAUGGAAAAACUGUACAUUGGUAAUAUUACAAUCAAGGAAGCACAACCAUGGCACCUUGAGAGAUUACGAAAUGGUGCGGAGAUUCCUGAUAAUGACUUCAAGCCGCCUGAACCACAGCGCCUCACUCUGAACGAAGCAGUGGAAAUAAGAGGUUGUCACGCACUGGAAGCAUACAUGUACGUACAAAUGAAGAUUUCCUUGCUCUUCAUGUUUGUGACCUGCCUGGCCUGCACAGUCGUUCAGUCACUGCAGGGAAGUCCUGGCGAACUACGUAACACUCAGUCCGUAGCUAUGCUGGAGUUGAGGAGGGUAAAUCGUCCAUCAUCAUCCCAAAAUACAGACCAUAAUGUGAAGAUUGUGCUAGACCAACAAAAGUCUCUUCCGACCCUACAUCACUGGGUUCUCACAAUUGUUAGAAAAAAUAAUACACAGAGUGUCUAUGAAGUGCACGCCGAAGAUGCUUACCAGAAAGAGAUGGAAUUUGAAGCAGAUUUAACUGAUGGUACUUACGUGUACAUCGCAGGCAAAGAUUCGCAAGACAUCACUCUUAUCAACAGUUUCACUGAGUUAAAUAAAUUCUUCUUAAGCAGCCGCGUAGCCAGAGUCGGGACUGAGUACGACGAGAGUGUGUCUUCAUUAAGGGUGUGGCCUGGCGACAUAACUGAAGACGUGACGGUUGGGCAGCACUGGUGUCAGAGAAAAGGAUUUCCCUGCUACUACCUUUCGACCACACUGCCACGUGACGUGCCUCGCUGUGUCAACAACUAUAACGAUGUGAAACAGUGCGACGAUUUCAUUACAGACUUUCAAAAAUUCUCUGGAAGUCCUAAACUGAAUAUUACAUCAGACGGCUUGUUGACGGUUGAAGCCAGUGUGGACAGCAACUCCGUCAGGAUGGAGGCUGUAGUGUUCGAUCCUCAAGACCCCACCAAGAUUUUUUCUCCAGAAAACUACGAGUGCCAGCUGGAGGUGAAGCAAGGAGUAGUGAACUGUCAACAGAAACUUAAAGACACUGGUAAUCAGCAAAAAUUUAGGGUUCUUCUGGUGUCUCUUAAUCAAGAAGGUUAUGUUCUACGAUCAGCAAUGGAAUCCUUUGGAGAUGAUCCUGGUCGCUCGUCUGCCUCCACUGGCGUCAUCGUGGGAUCAGUUGUCGGCGGAGUGUUCGGCGCGGCUCUCCUGGCUGGUGCUGCUGUUUUCUUCAUAAAGAAGAAGAAGGGUAGUAGUAACAUGAAUAAGCCGUUCAGACAAAAAGAUAUAUCUUCUGAAAGGUACGAUAUUGUUUCCGUCCGUGAUCACUCGUCAAAACCGAUGGACGCCUGAGUUCUCUCCGUCCCUCCUGCGUUGCUUCUUGGUUAUGAAAUGCUGGAUUGCAUUGUUAGAAAGUAAUUCAGAUACAAGUACAUCUAUUUUGUAUAUCAAUGUCUAUGUACCUCAGGAAGUAAUGGUUGCCGUGUUAACUUUACUGUAAGUUUAAAAUGUUAUCGUCUAUAUACGGUACCAUAAAUGAGGCGCGCGGCGCAACAACGACGUAACCGAGAAAUGGAAGUUUCGAGAAAAACGCGCUCAAAGUUAAACACUGAUUGCGCACAAUAGGAUACCCUUAAAUAAGUAAGUAUUAUACAUCAUUUGAAAGGUCUUGGGUAGUUCUGUUUGGGGAUGUAGGUUUCGAAGUGAUAGGUGACGAUUUUGGGUGGAUGACUUACGCGUUAAUUAACGCGUAUACCGUAGGUAAUAAUUUUUUUCCCCGAUAUUGUUUUCAUUUGUUAAUAAUGUGUUAGAGCCUAUUACACAUAGUAUUAGGUGAAAGUUUCAUGAAGAUUGGUACAUAAAUAAAUUUUUUAUGAAUUUUUUUCCGAGCGUAAAAAAUAAAACUUACUCAUUA